CAGCGGUCCACACAACCGCAUUCAUGUCCUAGGAUGUCGAUACGACCAGAGGAAGCCGAGGCGUACGAGCUGCCUGAGCUCGAAAGGUCGCCAAAGCUCGACGCUUUGGACGAGGAUGCGGAACAGCUGCCCCUCUUGGACGAGGACAAGCGGUCGUCGGUCGACUCGGACGACUCGGGGCUCGGCUUCGUCCAGGCCGCGCACGAGGACGAGCUCGUUGGCGCGACUGACGUCGAGGCGCUCAUAGCGAGGUCCGUGCCGUCCACCGACGAUCCAACGCUCCCAACACUCACCCUGCGAGUCAUAGUGUUGGGGUGCUUCUUCUGCGUCAUGGGCGCGGCGGCCUCGACAGUGUUCUACUUCAAGAGUAACGCGCCAAGCUUCUCCAGCUACUUUGUCAUCCUGGCCACAUAUCCGCUGGGUCAUGCGCUCGCGAGUGAGCGUCUCAUCUCUCGACACAAGACUGUGUUCGGCGUCGACCUGAACCCGGGGCCUUUCAGUGUCAAGGAGGCGAUUCUCAUCAGCGUCUUGUCUUCAUCUGGCGCCAUGUCUGCUUAUGCAGCGGACAUCCUCGCCAUGCUCGACCUCUACUACAAGGCGCCGCUCGCAACAAUCCCCUCAAUCAUCCUCCUUCUGACAACGCAGUGCAUCGGCUUCGGCCUCGCUGGUAUGCUCUACAACCUGCUCGUAGCGCGCCCCGCAAUGUACUGGCCUUCGACACUGGUCGUUGUGCAGUUGUUUACCACACUAUACGACACUGCCGCCACGAACAAGGCCGCACGCUCACUCACAAAGCGGCGGCUCCACGUCUUCCUCGCCGUCUUCAUCUUCACCUUCCUCUGGCAGUUUCUGCCGUUCCUGUUCUUCCCGAUGCUCACGUCCGUGGCUGUACUCUGCCUCAUCAACAACGAGAACUGGUGGAUGCGGACAUUCGGCGGCGCGUAUACCGGCCUCGGAAUGCUCGACUUCAGCUUUGAUUGGUCGAGCAUCGGCACGUCCGGGCCGCUCUUCACGCCGCCGUGGGCGCUGGCGAACUGGUUUGCGGGACUGAUUGCAAUGAUUUGGGUGAUUGUUCCGCUCAUGCUCUUUACCAAUUUCUGGAACGCGCGCGAGUUUCCCUCACCGCUGUCAUCUGGGCUAUAUAACGCGACCUACCACCACUUUGACGUUCCGAGCGUACUCAACCCAGACCUCUCCUUCAACGACGCAGCGUGGGACGGCGCCGCGCCGCUACUACUCACCCCGUACUUUGCCGUCACGUACGGCCUGUCAUUUGCCGCACUUUCGAGCAUCAUAAUGCACGUGUGGAUCUGGCAUCGCGACGAGAUCAAGGAGGCGCUCACCAACCGCGCACCGCUGACUGACGUGCACAAUACACUCAUGCGCAACUACCUCCCUGUCCCGCAGUGGUGGUAUAUAACCAUGCUCGCCGUCAACUUUGUGGCCGCUGUCCUCAUGGUCAUGACAGCACCUCUGCAAACGCCGAUCUGGGCGCUGGUCUUGUCCCUUGCCAUUGCCACGGUUUUCCUCGUUCCUAUUGGUGUCGUGGCGGCUGUGUCCAACACGCAGAUCGGUCUGAACGUCAUAACGGAACUCGUCGCCGGCUUCUUGAUGCCGGGCAAACCGAUCGGCAACGUGACAUUUAAGUGCUUCGGAUAUAUGGCCAUGUCACAAGCCCUGCAGCUUAUCACGGACCUGAAACUUGGCUGGUACACAUCGAUUCCGCCCCGUGAGAUGUUCGCCGUUCAGACGAUCGGAACGGUCUUGGGCGCGCUGACAAACUACGUGACACUCCAAUCUGUCCUCUCGUCUAAGCGCCCGUUCCUCGAUGGUACGACGCCGGACCCAACUGGACAGUGGACCGGGCGUCGGCCCGGUAUCUUCUACUCGGCCAGUAUCAUCUGGGGCGCAGUGUCGCCGCGUCGCUUCUUCGCAGGCAAGUACUGGGUGCUGUACUUGGGCUUCCCGUUCGGCGCGCUUAUGCCCUCCCUGCUGUGGCUGGCGCACAAGCGGUGGCCGCACAUGAAGAUCAACAAGGUUUGCGUGCCAGUCAUGUUGUCGGCCGCUAUCCUACUGCCCGAGUAUCCGUCGAAUAUCAUCCUGACAGGCGGCCUCACUGCCUUCGCCGUCAACGGCUGGAUUGCGAAGCAAUACCCCAAACUACACGGCCAAUUUGUGUACGUGAUCAGCUCUGGCCUGGACGCGGGGACGUCGAUUACUGCUUUGGCGAUCUACUUUUUGUUCAGCGUCUUGACGCAGUGGACAGCGCCGAGGUGGUAUGGCAACUCUGCGGUUGACAGUGAACAUUGCAAGCCUGGCAGUUGAUAACUGUUGUAUUGGUAUCAAAGCGGUUUCUGUAUGAACCCCAGAAAGAGUUUGUGGCAGCGUGGCAGUGCCUGUUUGGCGUACGUAUGUAUGUAGGUAGGUGUUUGUGAGUGAGUUGGAGGGGUUUUAGGAUGAUGAUGAAUGCCGAGCCAAAGUAUGAGGGAG